UCAUUGGCCAAAAAAUUUGUCUGGGUUGUGAUGCAUGAGUGAAUGCUGUUCAUUGAACAUGGCACACAUGCUAUUAGUACAAAUUUAAAGUAAUAGGUUACCUUUGAACCAACAAGAAUGAUAAUAUUUGUACUUAAAUGAUGUUUCACUUCUUCCUCUUCUUACCAGGACUGAUGGGGCUUGUACUCCGAUGGAUUACCCCAUUAACCAUUGUGCCAACAGUUACCUUGGUGGGUCUGGCCCUUUUUGACAUUGCAGCAGACAAAGCAUCCUUAAACUGGGGCAUUGCUAUACUAACCAUAGUGUUAUUGGUCAUGUUCUCUCAGUACUUGAAGGAGGUCCCACUACCCAUCCCUCUCUACAAAGUGGGAUCAGGAUGCACCAUCUCUUGGUUCUACCUCUUCAAGCUUUUCCCCGUGCUUUUAGCGAUCCUUCUUUCCUGGGGCCUGUGUGCUAUUCUGACAGCUGCAGAUGCAUUUCCUGAGGAUAAUCUGGCACGUACAGACCUCAAUAUAGAUAUAAUCAGCAAUUCACCAUGGUUCAGGUUUCCCUACCCUGGUCAGUGGGGACUGCCUACUGUAUCACCAGCUGCAGUGCUGGGCAUGAUAGCUGGUGUGAUUGCCUCCAUGAUUGAAAGUGUCGGUGACUACUAUGCUUGUGCUAGGAUUGCAGGAGCUCCUCCUCCACCCAUCCAUGCCAUCAAUCGAGGCAUUGGCAUUGAAGGCAUUGGGUGUCUGCUGGCAGGGCUAUGGGGCUCUGGCAAUGGCACUACAUCUUACUCUGAGAAUAUUGGAGCUAUUGGAGUAACAAAGGUGGGCAGCCGCCGUGUGGUCCAAUUUGCAGCUAUUACCAUGAUGAUAUUUGGUAUUAUUGGAAAAUUUGGAGCAGCAAUGGUGACCAUCCCAGAUCCAGUAGUGGGUGGAAUCUUCUUAGUUAUGUUCUCUAUGAUCACUGCCGUGGGCCUGUCUUCACUUCAGUAUGUCAGCCUCUCCUCUUCCAGAAACAUCUUCAUCAUUGGAUUUUCAAUCUUCUUUGGACUGGCAUUGCCUAAGUGGUUUCAAGCUAACAGUGGCAUCCUACAGACUGGGAGUGAAACCUUUGAUCAGGUUUUGACUGUGCUCCUACAGACGAGCAUGCUUGUUGGGGGCAUCCUUGGCUGCUUCUUGGACAACACAAUACCAGGCACACCAGAAGAGCGUGGACUGCUGAAGUGGAACAAACACCUGAUUUCAUCACAAGAUAAAGAUGAAAGCAAAUCAGAUAGUUAUGACUUCCCAAUAGGCAUGGAGGCAAUAAAGAGGAUGUCUUGGACUGAGUAUCUGCCUUUCUGCCCAAAUUUUACUGGAUGUUGUAGGAGAAGGAAAGGAAGCUUUGCACCAUAAGCAGAGCACAAUGUAAGUUUCCCACUGCACAAAGACAAAAAGGCAGUAAUAAGGAAAAAACAAACUGUCUUGCAUUCCUUGUCAAGUGACAAGCAUUUGUAACUAGUGGUCACUUUUUGUUUUUAUAGUACAUUACUGAUUUUUAUAUAGUGCAUGUUUGUGUAUUUUUUAUUGUAGAAUGUAAAGAAUGAGAGUAUUUUUCUAACUUUGUAGAAAGUCAACUGCUCGUCAGAAGGAUGUUCCUGCACCUUCAUCUUAGUCUUCCCCUGAUCUUUCCUUAUCUUCAGAAAUAAUGAAUCUCUCUCUCUCUCUCUCUCUCUCUCUCUCUCUCUCUCUCUCUCUCUCUCUCUCUCUCUCUCUCUCUCUCUCUCUCUCUCUCUCUCUAAUAGAUAUGUAAAUUGCAUUUUGUGGAUAUUGAUAUGUGUAUUGUAUAUAUAUGUACUGCAUAUCUAUUAUAGUUAAUGGAUGGAUAGAUUGAUAGAUUGCCUAAUGAAAUAAAGAUAGAUAUAGACAGAUAGAUAAAUAUGUGUAUGUGAUUUAACAUGGAUAUUAUAAGAUGUACAUAGAAGAGUUCAUUGUUCUAAGAUGUUCACAAAGUUACAUUAAUACAUUAGGCUUCCCAAUAUGUCACUUAGGGUUCAAUAUAACAUGUAGCCUAGACAAGAUACUUAAGGGGCUUUCCCACUUUCACGAAUUCCAUGCCGAUGAGCUACGAACUUGACAUCGUAGCUCAUCGUGAGGUGAGGUUCUUGGCUAUCGUAGAACAUCUUAGCAGCAUUGUAGGUCAUCGUAGCACAUCUUAACGGUUCUUGGAAGAAGCCGAAGUUAAAGAUGAACUACGAAUUGCUACGAUGUUCCACGAUGCUCCAAGAUACUGUUACAAUCUUCUACGAUGCACUUACGAUGACCUACAAAGUUUGACAUCGUAGCACAUCGUGAAGAAAUUUCAAACAUGUUUAAAAUUUUUCGUCAGUAUUCCGAAACAGCACAGUGCGAUACGAAUCGCGAAGAAGUUGUCUACGAAUGAAGCCGAUGUUGAUCAUGAUGCCUCAGGAAGUGCUACGAUGCCAAGUUCAUAGCUCAUCGGCGUGAAAUUCAUGAAAGUGUGAAAGCCCCUUUGGUGAGAGAGGUGUUGAAUAUUAGUCUCAUUUCUUAACAAGGAUUGAAAUAUGAUGGCAGAGAUAAUUACUACAAUGACCAGGCCAAAGAUUUAAUAUGUGACAACUGCCCAGUCUCUUAAUGAAAGGAGACAUUUAAAGGAAACUGAAAAGGAUCCAAAGAAUAGCCGGAGCUAGAAAAAUAAUAUAUAAAAACUAAAAGAAUAAGUCUUGACCAACACUAAAGGUAAAGAAAAAAAAUCAUUUUCUUGCAGAAAUCUAGAACUUGGGAACAAACUACAGCACAUGAGGAAGUAGUAUCAGCAAAGAG